UCGUCAUCGUCUUCCUUUCCUUUAUCCCCUGCAACCCUUCGUUCGUGCCUCCUCGAUUCGGGGGACAUCUCCUUCCAUCUCCAGCGCUCGCUCUCUGCAAUUCCUGCCGAGAGCUCGACGCGUAAGACACUCAAAACAGGAUUUUGUUAAGAAAACUAAGAAGAAUUCUCACCCUAAAUCAUGAACUCCCUAGUUCGCGCCCGCUCUCGACUCCUCCACCUCCCCACCGCGGCCACCGUCGCUACCCCACUCCUCCGCCAGCUCCGGCGUCUAUCUACAGAUGACUCGACGACGCUCACGAUCGAGACGAGCGUUCCCUUCACGGGCCACAAGAUCGAGCCACCCUCGCGAUCGGUGGAGACGACGCCGAAGGAGCUCUUUGGCUUCUUCCGAGAUAUGGCGCUGAUGAGAAGGAUGGAGAUAGCCGCUGAUUCGCUCUACAAGGCUAAGCUGAUCCGAGGGUUUUGCCAUCUGUACGACGGGCAGGAGGCCGUCGCUGUCGGGAUGGAGGCGGCGACGACCCGCAGGGACUGCAUCAUCACGGCCUAUCGUGACCACUGCAUCUACCUCGCCCGGGGCGGAACGCUCGUCGAGGCGUUCGCCGAACUCAUGGGUCGCGUUGCCGGAUGCUCGAAAGGGAAGGGCGGAUCGAUGCACUUCUACAAGAAAGAGAACGGGUUUUUUGGCGGACACGGCAUCGUCGGAGCCCAGGUGCCUCUUGGCUGCGGCCUCGCCUUCGCUCAGAAGUACGUAAAAGAUGAAGCUGUCUCGUUCGCGCUGUACGGAGACGGGGCGGCGAACCAGGGACAGCUGUUCGAGGCCCUCAACAUCUCUGCCCUAUGGGACUUGCCCGCGAUCCUCGUGUGCGAGAACAACCAUUAUGGGAUGGGAACUGCAGAAUGGAGGGCAGCAAAAAGUCCAGCUUACUACAAGCGUGGGGACUAUGUUCCAGGAUUAAAGGUGGAUGGCAUGGACGCUCUUGCAGUCAAACAGGCUUGCAGGUUUGCCAAAGAAUAUGCUUUAAAAAAUGGGCCUAUAAUACUGGAAAUGGAUACUUACAGGUAUCAUGGACACUCCAUGUCAGAUCCUGGAAGCACAUAUCGAACACGUGACGAAAUAUCAGGCGUGAGACAGGAGCGUGAUCCAAUUGAACGUGUCAGAAAGCUAAUAUUGGCGCAUGAUAUUGCAAGCGCAACUGAGCUCAAGGACAUUGAGAAGGAGGUAAGGAAAGAAGUUGAUGAUGCCAUCGCAGAAGCCAAGGAGAGUCCGAUGCCUGAUCCUUCUGCACUCUUUGAACAUGUCUAUGCAAAGGGACUUGGAGCUCAGUCAUACGGAGUUGAUAGGCAUGAGGUGAGGGCUGUUCUGCCGUGAUUGGAGCUCUCGUGUUUUUCCAUCUGAUUCACAAGUGAAAUAAUAAAGGUGCUGAAGCUAUUGAGCUUGCUAUUUAACUGUAAUCCAACCUUGUACAAAAUAACAGCAUUGGUUCUUCAGAGCCUUUCUGUUUCUUAAUUCACUGAAAAAUUUUGCUGCGAAUUCUUAUGCAUUGUAUUCUUCUCUUUUCUCCAUUUAAGAAAUGGAGCUUCAGCUUUCGUCUUUGCAUGUAUUAA